AUAAAUGGUUUGUCGAUGCGAGAGAUCAGUGGAGAAACACGUAUUGCCAUCGCAUACAACAUAUCAGACAAGUGUUGAAUGUGUGCCAAAACAGUACAAAAUCCUAUCGUAUAAGCCGUUCAAUAGGAUUGUUGCAAAUAAAUGCUAAAAACGUUCACAUUUUCGCUGAUAAUUGUUAUCAAAUAUACUAAUCGUUUAAUUAUAAAAUUUCAAAUAUAAAUAUAGAUUUUUUGCCAUAAAUGUAGUAAACGACUCAUACGAUCAGGAGUUUUGUUUUCUACUGAUUAGUUAUUUAGACCAGAAUUUGGAUGUUGUAGUUAAUAUACAUUGAAACCAUUAAUAAUCACCCGAAUUAGCCGGUUAAGUCAAUUUAAUAAAUAAUAACACCUUGUAAUAAACAAAUACAACACCAAUAAUCAAGUGUCAGAAAUGGAUAAUUUAGUUAUGAAUAGCUGUAUACCAGAAAGCAAUCAAUACGUGAACCAGAAUUGGUUUCAACAGCACUUACCCUUCAGUAAUAAAAAACUGUAUGAAAAUAAUUUGAAUUUCACUCAAACAAUGGCUAAUACUCCAGAAGAUGAAGACAUUAACAUUCAGCGCAAAAAGUCUUCGAGUCGUGACCCGUUAUCUCAUCGCAUAAUCGAGAAGCGAAGGCGGGAUCGGAUGAACAAUUGUUUAGCAGAUCUGAGUCGACUGAUCCCAACCUCUUACCUCAAAAAGUCAUCGUCUCUUCAGGGCAGAGGACGCAUCGAGAAGACCGAGAUUAUUGAGAUGGCCAUCAAACACAUGAAGCACCUCCAGGCGCACAAGUACUGCACCGACGACUCCAAGUGCGACCUCUCCAACACAUCCAGUCUGGACGAGGAGGAGAGGGUCAGACAAUACCGGUUGGGAUAUCAGGAGUGUCUGUCUGAAGCCAUACGCUUUCUCGUCGAGAUGGAGGGUCUGUUCACCGGUGAUGGUCUGUGCCGUCGAAUGAUGGACUACCUUCACAACCAUAUGUCAACCCUUCAUAAAGUGAAUCAAACGGUCAAUGAGUCGGACAUUGGUUCGCAUCCACUGAUAGGCAAAUCGCGAACGCCUUCGAUGUCUGAGUCGACCACAUCUGCCAACGAAAAGAUGGACAUCAAUGACAGCGAUAUGAUCGACACGAAGCCAUACCACUCGAAGCCGGUAGUGACGAGUCAUUUGCGAGAAAUGCUUGAAAGCAGUGCCACAUCCAAGUGCUCCUCCAAGUCGUCGCCGCAAAUGAGUCUGAGCUCCGGCUCGCCAUCCGUUUCGCCAAAUGGUUUCAAUCCUAACGGCGACCAAAAUGUCUAUAACUUCAAGAAAGAAAUCAAAGACAGAUUUCAGGCCAACCAGAAAGUGGUGGCGCCGCCCAUGAAGUCGAUCUCACCGUCGCUGACCUCCUCGGCCGCCGCCAUCGACGACGAGCGCGUCUCCAACUCGAGUCUGUCCUCAUUGGCCACUCAGGCCAGCGAUCAUCGCAGCGAGACGUCCGGCUACUCAUCCAACUCGUCCAGCAAAUCGUUGCCCACCACCACGUCCUCCAAGUCCCCCGUCUUUGUGCCCAUUUUUGCGUUACACCCGUCGGGUAACUAUUAUCUGCCGCUAACAGUGGACGCCGCCCUCAUUGGCCCACAAAUUACCGCCAAAGACACCGAAAUCAACUCAUACCCAGUCCUACAUCCAAUCAAUAUAACCGUUAACUUCAGUUACCAAACGCCACAACUGCCGGCCCCUCUUGAUUACAGUCAACCACCAGUCUGGCCGCCAAUGGUUGUCCACUCGAGCCUCGUGGUCACUCAAUGCCAACACCACUAUUGUCUCGAUUGUAUUGUCGAGUGGCUUAUGAUCAGCGACACCAACAAUUGCCCUCAAUGUGACCAAUCGCUUACUACAAGGAGUAGGUUCAGAGAUAAUAUGGAUAUGGAUCAAGUGAUUCUAAUUGGCGAAGAUAUUCUGGUACAAAGGGACCAAAGGAUUAACAAUAUAACCUCUAAAUGGAGAAUAAGAUGUGAUUAUCAUUGGAAUGGAUGUCAAGAAGUGUUUCCUUUGGAAGAGCUAUCAACUCAUGUAAAGACCUGUUCACACAAUUGCUGCCAAAUAUGCGGUCUUUCUGUUGGACUCACUCCCGAAGAUCACAACUGUUUGAAGAGUAAUGAAGUGAAUGAUAGUCUGAAUGAGAAGGUUGUGGACAACCAUUUCAUGCCUCAAAAGUCUACAGAAAGUGAAAUCUAUGCAAACGGAUGUGAAAAUGAAUUGAAUGUUUCGGAGGAAAUGAGCGAAGAUUUGGUUGAUAUCGAGACCGAAGAGUCACAGUUUUGGUCUAUUGUCUCCAUCUGA